AUGUGUGUACAAGUAUUUGGGAACAGCCCUUCCCCGGCGAUAGCCACAUACGGAUUAAGAAAAUCCGUUGAACACAGCGAUAGUGACGUCACGAAGUUCGUUGCCCAUGACUUCUAUGUGGAUGACGCAUUGACUUCAUUACCGACACCGACAGAGGCAAUCAGUUUGCUGAAACGAACACGAAAUGACCUUCAAGAGCACGGGCUAUACAUUCACAAAAUCGCGUCAAAUAGUGAUGAAGUGAUGCUCGCGUUUCCGUCAGACGAUCUGGCAAAAGGCCUUAUGGGCAUUGACCUACAGAACGAAGCGUUACCUGUGCAGAGAAGUCUAGGGUUACAGUGGGACCUGAAUAAUGACACGUUCGUUUCCACAUUUUCUUCAGAAGGAAAGCCUUUUACACGGAGAGGCGUGUUGUCUAUGAUCAACAGUAUCUUUGACCCAGUUGGAUUUCUCUCACCAGUCACCAUCCAAGGGAGACUAAUCAUGAGAGACCUGACCACAAACGCAAAAGGAUGGGAUGAACCAUUACCUGAUACGCAGUUAGCAAAUUGGAGAUCUUGGGUGGACACCCUUCCCGAUCUUAAGAAGGUUCAUAUACCUCGUACGUAUUCUGAGGAAGGCUUCACACAUGGCACGAGCAGUGUUCACAUAUUCUCCGAUGCAUCAGAACAGGCCAUCGCUGCAGUGGCCUACAUUCUUACCUAUGAGGCAGGCCUCGCGCAGAUCGGUUUCUUAAUGGGAAAGUCUAAAGUUGCACCUAUUUCGGGACACACUAUACCUAGGUUGGAGUUAUGUGCAGCAGUGAUCGCUGUAAAAAUAGCACAAACUGUCGCUGAACACAUGGAAAUGCUUAUUGAGACAUUUACGUUUCAUACGGACAGUCGCGUGGUACUGGGGUAUAUCAAUAACAACACUCGCAGAUUUCAUACUUUCGUUAGCAACCGUGUAGAACGAAUACGGCAUUUCACAAAACCAGCACAAUGGCGAUACAUCUGUACCAGACUGAACCCAGCAGACUGCGCAACACAUGGCGUUACUGCAUCGGAUCUGACGAAAAGCGCCUAG